AUGUACAACCUACUCCAUCCAAAAGCAGAUAUUGAUAGAUUAUAUGUCCGAAGAGCCAACGGAGGCAGGAGGAAAGUCACUUUUAAAAUAGGGAAAAAAUGGAGAGAGCAAUAUUUCGGAAAAGAAAGCCAAGAUAAGUGCAUAAACACAGAAAUUACAGGAAUCGCGAAAAAGCUAAAGCACCUAUGUAAAGAAAAUAUAAAUAAAGAUACGGAAGGAAAAUGGACACAAAAGCAGAUGCAUGGCCAGUACAACAGAGAAACUAACACAGAACAGGUAGAUAGAGAAAGGACACUCAGAUGGCUUCGUAAUGGAACUCCAAAAGAGGAAACAGAAUCAAUCAUUGUAGCAUCACAAGACCAAGCAAUAUCAAUAAUCUAUAUCAAGCAUCAAAUACACCGACAAAAAUUAGACCCUAAGUGCAGAUUAUGCAAAGAAUAUGAUGAGACUAUCAAACACAUGACAACAGUACUUGCGAAAUACGAAUACAUAAAAAGACAAAACAAAGUAUGUUCAACGCUUCAUUAUAACAUCUGCAAAUACUAUAACAUAGAAGUUGAAGACAAAUGGUUCAAACACAAACCCAAAAACGUAGAACUGACAAAAAACGUAACAGUGAUUUGGGACACUCAGGACAUAUUGGAAAGGCCUGUAUGUUUUAAAAAAAUAUAUAAUGGUAAAAACACCAAUCAAGAUGAGAUGGAAUGUGAAAAUAAAAAAUCAAAUUUUUAUGAUGUUUUAGAAGUCAGUCUUGAAGAAGAUAAAAAAUAUUUCGUGGAAAUUUGCAUUAAUUCGGGGGCUUCAAGAAUAUUACUUACUGAAGACUUUUAUCGAAAAUUGAUUUUAGAUGAUGGUUCAUUAGAACAACUUAAAGAAACAGAAAUUUAUCUACGUGAUUAUUCUGAUAGAAAAAUUGAUACUUUGGCUAAGCUAACUUUCAGAAGACAUGUUGACUACAUAAGAAGAAACUUUUGCCAUGAAAAUAAAAACCAGUUUAUUGAUAAAGAAAACAUUCCACUGGACAUUUCACUACAAUGUUUCGCUUCUGUUGGUAAUUAUUCUUCAAUUGGUGAUGAUAAUCAUAAAAAUGAUUCUAUGAUGUCCUUGGAUGCAGAUCAAUAUGAAGAUAAUUAUUUAGACAUUUCAAGAGAUUGUAUCAAUAAUGAUAAGCAAAUAAUUAUUGAUAAUCAUAAAAAUGAUUCUAUGAUGUCUUUGGAUGCAGACCGAGAUGAAGAUUUACCUCAAGAUUCUAUAGACAUACGAAGCCCAGAAUUUAUAGAACAGCAAACUCGACCUCAACGAAUAUAA